AUGUCCGGCAGAAAUGUCCGGUCGCAGGACGCCACCGACUCAACAUAUUGGGACGAAGAAAGCGAUGAUGACGACAUUGUUGCGGAGCCGCACAAGUGGAAGUACGAAAGGCGACCCAUACCUAUCGAGGAUAUCCGCUGGAGCCAAGAGACGGUUGGCAUCCGAUUCCGGGAUGGAACCCUGCUCUUCGAAACGCUUCAGCAGAUGCUUGACGGCAGCAUCAAGCCAGAUAUCCUUCCCACGUUCCGUGUCGUGCUGUACGAGGAUCUCCUUUACGCCGUCACCGGCAACCGACGUCUCUGGGUCCUCAAGGCGUAUCAGCGGCUGUCAGGUCGCCCAGUACGUGUCAUCGCAGAGUGCCACCCUCCAGCAGCAAUGGAAACGCAGUGGUGCAAACGGCGGUAUUCAACGACAAGCAAAGGCCAGUCGGUCCGCUUUGUCUGCAAGAGUUUUGCAGACUGCACCUAUGCAGAGAUGCAGGAUGCGCUUUGGGCAGCAAACCUGCGGAAACAUGCCCAAUCGCUGACGCUGCUCGAAACGAAGGUUGCCGAUGCACAGAAGGCCGAGGAGGAAGCCAAGGAGGCCAAGAAGGCUUCCGAGAUGGCCGAGGUCAAGGCCCGCUUCAUGCAGCUGACCACGCAGGAAGUGGAUGAGCUGGAAGAGGAGUGUUCUCGUCGAGAUGCAGAAGGGCGUGGGCAGUACCGUGGCCAAGGAGGCACCGUUGUGGACGACGAUGCGGCAACCACGGAGCUGCCCCAGGAGGAGGGAGAGCACGAGACCCCGCUGGAAGUGUUCCCAGCUACAGACGACGAGGAGGAAGUGGAUUGCACCACCCGCAAGGCGCUGAACUCUCUGCUGGGCGUUGUCCCGGACCAGAGCUCGAACAGCUACAUGCCCGUGGGCCUGCAGAUGGCAGCUCAGCAGCUCCUCGCAGACCCGUACUCCGGCACGUUGGAGUGCCCUGGAGAGCUGACCCCCGAAGGUUGGGUGGACUGUUCUGCGAGCUCUUGGCAGGCCACGCUGACCCAGGAUGGCGGCUUCGACUUUCCGGGCUACUUCGAGCCCGAUUGGUCCUUGGUGCCGCAGACGUGGCAGUGCCCGGUGCCGGCGGCAGCCGAGCCUGCAUCUGCCAUCCAGCCGACCCCGUUUCAGGUUUGGCAGAUGCAUUUCGCCGGACAGCUCGCCCAGCUUGGUUUCAUGAUCAGCCCGAGCCAG